AGGGGAUUCCAGCGUGCGAUGGUCAAAUCAAUGACCUUGGCUGCAAAGAUUCCACAUUUUCAUUAUGUAGAAGAGAUAAAUUGUGAUGCACUUGUGGGGCUUAAAGCUUCUUUUCAAAAUGCAAAUUCUGAUCCAGAUGUCAAGCACACUUUUCUUCCAGUCUUGAUAAAGUCGCUCUCAUUGGCAUUGAGUAGACAUCCGUUGCUAAACGGUUCCUUCAAUGAGGAAUUGCAUGAGGUCACCUUUAAAGGCUCCCACAAUAUUGGAAUUGCCAUGGCUACAUCAUAUGGUUUAGUUGUACCAAACAUAAAGAAGGUUCAGUCACUUUCGAUCUUGGAGAUAACAAAGGAACUGUCUCGGCUACAUCAGUUGGCUUCAGCUAACAAGCUUACUCCUGAUGAUAUAUCUGGUGGAACCAUAACUUUGAGCAAUAUUGGAGCAAUUGGUGGAAAGUUUGGAUCGCCCCUCGUCAAUUUGCCUGAAGUUGCCAUCAUUGCAAUUGGCCGAAUCCAGAAAGUUCCUCAUUUUGCUGAUGAGGGAAAUGUGUAUCCAGUGUCAGUCAUGACUGUAAACAUUGGUGCUGAUCAUAGAGUUCUGGACGGAGCAGCUGUUGCAAGAUUCUGUAAUGAGUGGAAGCUAUUUAUUGAAAAACCAGAGCUGCUCAUGUUGCAUAUGAGAUGACUGAUCGUUAACUCGACCAGCACCAUUAGUGCCCGUCUCCAUCCUCUGUAACUGCACAUUCUCCGCUAAAUCGACUUUUAGUUGAUGAUCUUUGUUUUCCAUAGUGAAUGGAGAUGCAACCCUUAGGAUAUGGCAAUACCAGCCUGGAAUAAAAUUUCUCUCUGCAUGACCUAUUGGGGUUUAAGUAUUCUUGUUUCCCAUGUGAUGGGUUUGGAAUUGUUGAGAAGCAAGAGCAUUCAAUCAUGUUCUUGUAAUCUGUUGUAACAAGCCUUGUAGACUGUUAGCAAUAAUAAAAAGUUUCAAGUUAUGCUUUUGCCAUUGUGCUGCCCAAUCUUG